ACAGCAGGCAACCCUGUGGAGGUCGGUGGUCAGGUCCUCUCCGGCCCACAGCUACCGCACCGCUCGGGGGGACACCCCGGCAGAAGCCCAAAGGCAGCUACGGGGCCGCUGGCGCCGCCUCGGCCAGCCCUUCCCGAGCGGACUCCCCCAAACAGGUCCAGCUGCCUUAAGGAUGACAAUCCUAGGGCACCCUCGAAGUUGGAACUGCCGGUGGUUGCCAGUCCUGCUGCUGCUGCUGGGCACAGGCCGUGGGCCAGGGGUGGAAGGCGUGACACACUACAAGACCGGCGACCCCGUCAUUUUGUAUGUCAACAAAGUGGGACCCUACCAUAAUCCCCAGGAGACUUACCACUACUAUCAGCUUCCAGUGUGCUGUCCUGAGAAGAUUCGUCACAAAAGCCUUAGCCUGGGUGAAGUGCUGGAUGGGGAUCGCAUGGCCGAGUCUUUGUAUGAGAUCCGCUUUCGGGAGAAUGUGGAGAAGCGGAUUCUGUGCCACAUGCAGCUCAGUUCUGCACAGGUAGAACAGCUGCGCCAGGCCAUUGAGGAACUGUACUACUUUGAAUUUGUGAUAGACGACUUGCCAAUCCGUGGCUUUGUGGGCUACAUGGAGGAGAGCGGCUUCCUGCCACACAGCCACAAGAUAGGACUCUGGACCCAUCUGGACUUCCACCUAGAAUUCCAUAGGGAUCAAAUUAUAUCUGCCAAUGUCUCAGUGCGGGACGUCAAGCCCCACAGCUUGGAUGGGCUGCAGCCUGACAACUUUCUAGGUCUCACCCACACUUACAGUGUGCACUGGUCAGAGACUUCAGUGGAGCAUCGGAGUGACAGGCGCCGUGGUGAUGAUGGUGGUUUCUUUCCUCGGACACUGGAAAUCCAUUGGUUGUCCAUCAUCAACUCCAUGGUGCUUGUGUUUUUACUGGUGGGUUUUGUGGCUGUCAUUCUCAUGCGUGUGCUUCGUAAUGACCUGGCUCGCUACAACCUGGAUGAGGAGACAACCUCUGGAGGUUCUGGUGAUGACUUUGACCAGGGUGACAAUGGCUGGAAAAUUAUCCAUACAGAUGUCUUCCGCUUCCCUCCAUACCGUGGUCUGCUCUGUGCUGUGCUUGGCGUGGGUGCCCAGUUCCUGGCCCUUGGCACUGGCAUUAUUGUCAUGGCACUGCUGGGCAUGUUCAAUGUGCAUCGUCAUGGGGCCAUUAAUUCGGCAGCCAUCUUGUUGUACGCCCUGACCUGCUGCAUCUCUGGCUACGUGUCCAGCCACUUCUACCGGCAGAUUGGAGGCGAGCGUUGGGUGUGGAACAUCAUUCUCACCACCAGUCUCUUCUCUGUGCCUUUCUUCGUGACAUGGAGUGUGGUGAACUCGGUGCAUUGGGCCAAUGGUUCAACACAGGCGUUGCCAGCCACCACCAUCCUGCUGCUUCUGACGGUUUGGCUGCUGGUGGGCUUUCCCCUCACUGUCAUUGGAGGCAUCUUCGGGAAGAACAACACUAGCCCCUUUGAUGCACCUUGUCGCACCAAGAACAUCGCCCGAGAGAUCCCACCCCAGCCCUGGUACAAGUCUACUCUCGUCCACAUGACUGUUGGAGGCUUCCUGCCUUUCAGUGCCAUCUCUGUGGAGUUGUACUACAUCUUUGCCACAGUCUGGGGUCGGGAGCAAUAUACACUGUAUGGCAUCCUCUUCUUCGUCUUCGCCAUCCUGCUGAGUGUGGGGGCCUGCAUCUCCAUUGCGCUCACCUACUUCCAGUUGUCCGGAGAGGAUUAUCGCUGGUGGUGGCGAUCUGUGCUGAGUGUUGGCUCCACCGGACUCUUCAUCUUCCUCUACUCGGUUUUCUACUAUGCUCGUCGCUCCAACAUGUCAGGGGCAGUGCAGACAGUAGAGUUCUUUGGCUACUCCUUACUCACUGGUUACGUCUUUUUCCUCAUGCUGGGCACCAUCUCUUUUUUUUCUUCCCUAAAGUUCAUCCGGUAUAUCUAUGUUAACCUCAAGAUGGACUGAGUUCUGGGCGGUAGAGCUACUGCUCUUUUAAGCCCUUUCUUCAUACCCCGUUGAUCCCUCCCACCAGCUUCUCUUCCCAUUGAGUGACUGAAUUGUGAUGGCACUGCCUUCUCCUUUGCCCUCUGGCCUUCCCUUCCCCAGAAAGGGCCUGGAAAUUAUAAAUCUCUAUUAUGAGGAGUAUAUAUUUGGACUUUUUAAGUUGCCUUUUUAAGUUGUUUUGGUCCCAAUUUUUCU